AUGGAGCCAUCGUCGUCUUCGAGUAGCAUUGGCCUGUCCAUGGCUUCAGCCAUUGGUCGCGACAAUGGCAGCGUCAGCGGCAGUGGCAGCGAAGCGCCCAAAAAGCGAAACCGACGAAGCAAUCCCAAGGUCAAGACGGGAUGCUUGAAUUGCAAACAGCGGCGCAUCAAGUGCGAUGAGAUGCGUCCAGCUUGCUCGCAGUGCGUCCGCAGCAAGAAGGAAUGCACUGGCUAUCCGGCGCCCAGCCGCGGGACCAGGGCUGCCCUUGAUGUCCGCAUUGCUCCGAAGCCUUUGGUUGCCGCAUCGGCUGGGUUUCAACAUCUGCAGCCGGCACCAAGCACUAUUGCGAGCGCUUCAACUUCAACCACCGCCAGCCUUUUGCUCACAGGUCACACCAUUAUGCUCCCACCUCGGCGUGUCAACCGUCGCAAACGGCAGGCCAAACCUCUCGCCUCCAAUGCCACCAUGCCUUUUGUGUAUGAGCCAUCUCACAACUUGGCCUUGAUGCAUACCGAAAGCCUGUAUUUUGAUCUUUUCCGAGUUCAGACGGCUUCAGAGUUGUCUGGGUACUUUGAUUCGACCUUUUGGACACAGCGCGUUCUACAGGAAUGCCAUUUCGAACCGUCCAUUCGACACGCCGUCGUGGCUCUUGGUGCCUUGUAUAAGACGCUUGAACAGUCUUGCGAACCGGACUCGACACCGCUACCUGGUGCUAUGAGUCGGUUCGACUCAGUCAUGUGUCAUUGGCAGGUUGCUGUUAGGAAGUAUUCGGAAGCUUGCAAUGCCAUGCUGCAUCUCAGCGGUAACAAGCUGGCAACCAACAAGACCCGUCUGAUGGCCAGCGUCUUGUUGGCCUGUUUUGACUCCUUUAUCGGUGAUCAUCGGCAGGCCAUUGUCCAAAUUCAAACGGGAUUAGGGCUCCUGGCUCGGAUUCAAUAUGAUCGGACGCAAGCCCCUCAGUCCAAUGAACGGGUUGAAGAGGACCUGCUAAUAAUUUUCACACGAUUGGCAAUUCAGGCCAAAUCGUACGACAUGGCUUUCCAUUUUCCCCAUCCAUAUGUGAUUCAACUGGGCCCUCAGAGCUUACAAGACCCAUCCUCACCCCUCUCAGAUAUGGGUUCACCUCAGCCAUCCAGGCUCAUACCCCAUCAAUUUUCAUCUUUACGAGAAGCUCGCCUGGCUUCAGAUCAGCUCUGCGAGAUGUUGCUGCGAUUCAUCGAACACUUACAGCAUGCUAAAAAAGAACCUUCUUACACUUUACCUCCAUCCUGGAGGCAAUUAGGUGCCACAUUCCAGGGCCAAAUUGACUCGUGGUCAGAGGCUUUUGAACCCAUCUUCCAAUCACGGCUGCAACCUGGCAUGAAUCUCUUGGAGAAAUCGGGCAUAGCAGCCUUGAAAAUGUUUCAGAUCAACACAAAUGUCAUAUUCUUGACGAUUUUCUGCGAUGCCGAGGUUCAAUUUGAUGGUUUCCUCCCCCAUUUCAAGGCCAUUGUCAGUCUAGGCUGGGAGAUAGUUGGCGAUGACGAGAAGCGAGCGGCUACCGAGCGAUGCCCCGAUCCACAGAGGUGCAAACAGCAACACAGCACACCACUGCCUGCGUUUAGGGCAGGAAAAUACACAGCUCAUCAUAUCAAACCCAGCUUCUCCGCAGACCUUGGAAUUGUACCGCCGCUCUUUGUCGUGGCUACUAAAUGUAGAGAGCCGAACGUCAGGCGAGAAGCAAUCCAACUUUUGAGGAGCAGCGCUCGGCGAGAAGGCAUGUGGGACAGCGAGCUGACUGCCAACAUUGCUCAAUGGAUUAUGGAGGUAGAAGAGUCCGAGAAUCCUUUUCCUGAGAUGAAUCUUCCUGGUGGGUCAACGCAGGCUGUUCUCCCAAGCCGAGCGAUUCCAGAGGAAAAGAGGAUCAUGGUUCAGUCUGUUGAUUUCGAUUUACGGGAGAGAUUCGCUCAGCUCACUGUGGGAUCUCGAGAUUUGCGCCAGGGGAUGAAGGACCGACGACACAAAGCGACCCGAAUCACAUGGUGA